GACUAAUGCUUCGUGUUUGAGCCACAAUGGCGCCAGUCUCCUCAAUGAGACCUUGCUUCCUGUAAGACACGUCUUAUUCAGAGUCAAGGGUGAAUACGAUGAGCCGGUCAGGCUUGUGCCCGGCCAACUGAGCCGAUCUUGUAUUCUGCAGUCGUGUCCUUUUUAGCCAAGCGUCAGCUUUUUGAGACCCCUUUUUAAGUUUUAACCAAUUCACGCACUGACUGCCUGCUAUACAUUUGACGUGGACAUCAACUUGAAAAGGGGCUCAGGGCUUCAGGUCGCAUCGGGACAAAUAAAACAAAAUGCCUGGACCAGCAGCAAGUGCAACCAAUGUUGGGGCAUCUAGCCGUUCCCCCAGUAAGACAGUGGCGCCCCGUGCAGCAGGCUCCACAGUCAGGCAGAGGAAAGCAACCAGCAGCGGUACACGCAGCGGUGGCAGGACCACAGGAUCAGCAGGCACUGGUGGCAUGUGGCGCUUCUACACAGAAGACUCGCCAGGCCUCAAAGUCGGCCCGGUGCCAGUACUGGUGAUGAGUCUGCUUUUCAUUGCUUCAGUUUUCAUGCUGCACAUCUGGGGGAAAUACACCCGCUCUUAAAGCCCACCUGAUGACCUCCGACCCUGCACUUCAGCUUUUUAACACGUCAGAUCUGGACCAAACAACAAAUGAGCAAAAAACUUCUCCCCCUUGUUCCUUUCCCUUCCCCACUAUCACUACAACACACAGACACACAAGCUGGAUUUGUAUGCAGCCUUUUCAGUACAUGAUCUUCAUCUACAUCUGAAGUCGGUAUGCACUUUGUUGCUUUUACCCAUCAUGUGUUAUGAACAUUUGAUUGGGCGAAUGGGAGGAGUCAACAUGAGCCCACCUCAGAUGUGAUAUGUGUACGUGGCCCCUCCCCCCAAGCAGCAGCAGCAUGUGUUCCUCCACUGCGCCAAGUUUCAGUGCCGUGCUCAGACAUUUCUCCUUGUAGCCUGAAUUUUUUUUUUUUUUAAACAGGAUUUGUACAAAAUGUAAUGUAAUAUUGU